GGCUGGCUCGCAAAGGCUCUGGACCUCUGGCAAUAAAAAGAUCGCAAAACAGCAGCAUGUAGGACAGAGAGUUCCAACCUGGACAGAGGUGUUCAGGUAACUAUGGCCUCAUCUGAUACUAGAGGACCAAGAGUGGCUGUCAUCGGCGGUGGUUUGGUUGGAGCGUUGAAUGCAUGCUUUCUUGCAAAGAGGAAUUUUCAAGUUGAUGUGUAUGAAGCUAGGGAAGAUAUUCGAGUGGCUAAGUUAACACGUGGAAGAAGCAUUAACUUGGCCCUUUCUUAUAGAGGACGGCAGGCCUUGAAGGCCAUAGGUCUGGAAGAACAGGUCGUUUCCAACGGAGUACCCAUGAGAGCGAGAAUGAUCCACUCUCUCUCAGGAAAGAAGUCUGCAAUUCCCUAUGGGAACAGUUCUCAGUAUAUCCUUUCCAUAAGCAGAGAGAAGUUAAACAAAGAUCUACUGUUUGCGGUGGAGUCAUACCCCAAUGCGAAGGUGCACUUUGGCCACAAGCUGUCAAAAUGCCAUCCCGAGGAAGGGGUGGUCACCGUGCUUGGACCUGACCAAGUUCCCAGAGAUGUCACUUAUGACCUCAUUGUAGGAUGCGAUGGAGCCUAUUCAACAGUCAGAGCUCACCUCAUGAAGAGGCCUCGCUUUGACUAUAGUCAGCAAUACAUCCCGCAUGGGUACAUGGAGCUGACAAUUCCACCUAAGAAUGGGGAGUAUGCCAUGGAACCUAAUUGUCUUCAUAUUUGGCCUAGAAAUGCCUUUAUGAUGAUUGCCCUUCCAAAUAUGGACAAAUCUUUCACAUGUACCUUGUUCAUGUCCUUCGAAGAAUUUGAAAACCUUCCAACAAAUUACGAUGUGCUGAACUUCUUCCAGAAGAACUUUCCAGAUGCCAUCCCUCUGAUGGGAGAGCAAGCCCUCCUGAGGGACUUCUUCCUGUUGCCUGCCCAGCCCAUGAUAUCAGUGAAGUGUUCUCCCUUCCACCUGAAGUCACACUGUGUGCUGAUGGGAGACGCAGCUCAUGCCAUUGUUCCAUUUUUCGGGCAAGGAAUGAAUGCGGGCUUUGAAGACUGCUUGGUAUUUGAUGAGCUAAUGGACAAAUUCAAUAAUGAUCUUAGUUUGUGCCUUCCCGAAUUCUCAAGAUUUAGGAUUCCAGAUGACCACGCAAUUUCAGACCUGUCUAUGUACAAUUAUAUAGAGAUGCGAGCGCAUGUUAACUCCAGGUGGUUCCUGUUUCAGAGGCUCCUAAAUAGAUUUCUUCAUGCUAUUAUGCCAUCGACCUUUAUCCCUCUCUAUACCAUGGUUGCCUUCACCAGAAUAAGAUACCACGAGGCAGUGCUGCGCUGGCAUUGGCAGAAAAAGGUGAUAAACAAAGGACUCUUCAUCCUUGGAUCCCUGAUAGCCAUUGGAAGUGCCUACCUACUUGUGCACCACCUGUCCCCGAGACCUCUGGAAUUCUUGAGAAGGCCAGCAUGGACUGGAACCACUGACUACUGGAAUAGAAGCACAGGUGUCUUCCAGCAAGUUCCAUGGAGUUACUAGGACAAUCUAGAGCGUCAAGGUUCCCGGUAGCAAAUAUUUGUUCUCUCUCCAAAAUUAAGGACAAGAAGCAUGUUUACUUUGGCACAUUUAAUUCACUACUGGACAAUAAUUGUCAGCAUAUAAUUAAGUUUCCUGUAGAAUGUUUGUGUCUGCCGAGCAAUGGGAAAUGCUGCUGCUGUUUUUUUUGUAGUGUUUCCCUCACUUUGCCUGCUUGGGCUGGGCCCAUUUAAAUUUAGAAAUGUAAGAACCAAGGUCUCUUUCACUUCCCAAAACAGGUUUUUUUUUUUUUUUUUUUUUUUUUUAUACAGGACGUUAUAGGAGCAACAACACUCAGAACUGAAAACCACAGCAUGCCUAGUGUGCUGCUUCCUCUUUGUAGGGCAGAUGGGGCCUGCCUAACCCUAGGAACAGAGCACUUGCUAAAACCAGAGGUGUGAAUGAGAGGCAGGGUGUUUCAAAGAGUUCCUGGAUGAUUCUGUUCUUUUCCCCAGUCUUCAGGUAGCAGAAUUACUGCCUUUUAAAAAUAAGAAAGGGCUAUUAAUGCCAUCCUAAGUGAAGAAUAAGAAAGGGUUGUUAUUAGUAACUGAAAUAUAUCUAGGAGUGGAAAGGAGAUGGGAAGGCUGUCUUCCAGACACAUGGAGACAUAGUUCAUUCCGUUUCAGACACGGAAGCGAUGCCUUGAACGUCACACUGAGACAGUUAACUGCAUCUUCGAAGUGCAGUGUGGAGACGCGGGCUCUUCUUUCAGUAGGCUUACUGGUACACUUGAAAAUUCUUUUCAAACAUUAUUAAUUUUGAAAACUAUGAUACCAGUGAUGUAGGAAAGAAAGACUGAGGUGAUAAAGAUGAAACAAUUUGGCAUUUUCCAUAGUCUCAAAGACGUCCUUGAACCUUGUUAAUUUAGGUUUGGUGUGUAAGGAAAGAAAAAAAAAAACUGUUUUCGUGGAAAGGGGAUGUAGGUCAGUGGUAGAGUACUUACUUAGCGUGCCCAGAGCCCUGGGUUAGAUUCCCUAGCAUUGCAAAAAUAAACAGUAUCAUUGUUCCUUUUA